AUAAUAACAAAAACAAGAGAUACAAAAACAAUCAACAAAAACUUUGCACUUUAACAUGAACAAAAAUGCCGGCGAUGGCAGCGGCAACGAUGGCAAAAACUCAAACAAUCACGGCGGCAAAGGCUCCGGUGCGGGUGGUGGCGCAGGGGCUGGUGGUCCCCAUGAUCCCACCGGACUAUUAGAUGCGGCAUCGCUGUUUGCCUAUUGGGGUCGCGAUCCAACUGGUGCAGCAGCCGCAGCUGCUUCAAAUCCGCUCUUCAACUCGCAGUUCAAUGCAGCCGCUGCCGCCGGCUUGGGCUUGCUGCCAAAUGCUGCGGGUGCAGCUGCAGCCGCUGCCAACGACCGUUAUUCAUCGAUGGCUGCAGCAGCAGCGGCAGCUGCAGGCGCCCACCAUCAUCAGAACACAAUGGCCGUCGCGGCCUCGCAGGCAGCCAGCCUAGCGGGUCUGCAUCCAGCAAGUUGGUGGUCUAUGGCUCAGUUGGCCGCGCAGGAUUAUUUUAGUCGUCUGCAGGCAUCAGGUCUUUCGCCAUUUCCUCAUCCCGAUCUGGCCGCUGCCUUUGGGCCCGCGGCCAUGGCAAUGGGUGGCGGCGGCACUGGCUCCAGUGGGGGUGCAGGCAGCGGUUCCGGCAUGGUCGGCGUCGGUGGUGGCGGCGGUGGCGGCACUGGCGGUGGCAGCGGUUCUAGCAGCAAGUCGAACAAAUCGCGUAAGGAAAAGCGUGCCGCUCAGCAGCAACAGCAGCAGGCACAGCAACAACAGCAGCAGCAACAAAAUCUGGCCAACAGUUUGAAUGCUGCAGCGGCAGCAGCAGCCGCAGCAGCUGCCAACAACCCAGCUGCAGCGCUGGCCAGCAUGCACGGCUUUGGAUUGCCAGGCACCAGCAUGUCGACCUCUGGGAGCAGCUCCUCGAUAUCAACAAGCAGCGCCGGUCACGGUGGCUACAAGAGUACUGCCAGCGCAUAUGGGAAGCCGUCGACGAUGACCAGCAGCGGCAGCGGAAGCAGUAUUGCAAGCAAUCCCGGAUCCGCGUACGAUCCGGUCACCCUGCACAAGGAGCUGUUGGCUAUGCAGGCCGUUGCAGCGGCCGCUUCUGGCUCUGGAGUGGGUGGCAUGUCGGGCUUGGGCAGUGGCGGCAGCUCCAAUAGUUCCUCCGGCAAGAAGUCUAGCGGCGGAGCUGUUGGGGGUGGCGGCGGCAGCUCGUCUUUGCAUGCCCACGGCUUGUCUAAUCUGGCCAUGAGCCUCGGCGCUGGCAGCAGCAGCGGGGGAGGUGGCAGUGGUGGUGGCAUCAUGUCCAGCAGCAAAGCUUCCACCAAUGUCAGCUCCAGCUCGAGUGGCGGCGCCUCGUUGGGCAGCAUGCACCCGGGCUUGGCAAUGUCGCCGCAUGGCAGCAUGUCAGGCAGCGGCAUGGGCAGCUCUGGCAAGGAUCGGGAUCGCGAUAAGAACAAUCCGUCGCUGAAUGCGCUCAACUCGCUGUCACAAUUCGGAGCACUCGGCAUGACGCCACAGCAGAGCAUGCAGGCGGCCAUGAAUGCGUUUGCAGCCAGCACCGGUGCCAGCGCCACGGUAACCUCGUCAGCUCAUUCGUCCCAGCAGCAGCAGCAGCAGCAGGUGCCCAGCACAACGAUGGCCGGUAGCAGUGCAGGCAAGGUCAAGGACUAUAUGAGCAAUGCGGCCAUGAUGAGCAGCAGCAGCGAGCAUCCUUCGCUGCUGGGCGUGAGACUGCCGCCGGAUACGGAGAUCAUUAAGUACACGUCGUCCAUCGUGGGCCCCAAGAUUCCUGGUAGUACUUCACGCGGUCGCAAGAAGACCAUAUCUGAAACAGAACAACAGCAACAACAAGCCACACAGAAACAACAACACCAAGCAGAACAACAACAACAACAGCAACACCUUACACAACAACAACAACAGCAACAGAAGGACUUAGAAAGCACAACAAAUGCAAUUUCCUCUCUGCUUGCAUUUCCAGGGCUCAGUCCGGCAAAGCGUGCCAGACUCGAAAUGGAGUACGCGGCAAUGGCAGCGGCGGCGCAACAGCAGCAGCAUCUGCACGGCAUGUUGGGCGCGGCCGGCAUGCCCAUGGGUCUCGGCAUGACUCCCAUGGAGCAGUUGAGUAGCGUCUCUAAGGCAGUUGUGUCGGCCGCAUCGUCAUCGUCGACGGUGACCAGCACAGCUGGUGGCUCCACAGCGGGUCACAGCCAGAGCCAUAGUCACAACCAAAAUGCGUCCAGCGAUCGCGUGGAAGUGAUCAAGUUGCCCCCGACCAUCACCUCCAACGGCGCAUACAAUCUGUCCAGCAAGGGAUGCGGUAAGGAGCUGCACGACUUGACCGGAGAUCCAGCGCUCGCUUCUGGCGUCAAUCUUAGCCUCAAGUCGAGUGGUAUGCCUGCCAGCGGUGCCAUUGGGUCCGCCUCCAAUCCCAUUACCAUAGACGACUUCGAUGCUCCACUGAAUCUGUCCAUGAAGCCCUCGGAUAAGAGCAGCGGCAACAAUGUGAACUCUACAGGAGGCUCGUCAUCUGCUGCCUCCUCUUCAACGGCUGCUUCGGCCUUGGGUAAUCUGGCCAGCGAUUAUCAAGCAGGGCAGGCCAGUGGGGGCAAUGGCUCGAACAGCUUGCAAAGCCUGAGCUCCAUAACAGCCGCCUUGGGUGGCACUGGUGGCAUGCCCGGUGGUUCUAUCUCUGGCAGCGGCAUCGGGGCAGGAGGUGCAUCGCCCUCGCCAGCACAGAGCAGCUUGCCCGUCGCCUCGGGCACGUCGAGCUCCGGUUCCGGAUCGGGCUCAUCGACUUAUAAGGAGGGACGACCGCGCAAUUUGGGUCGCGGCGUUUCUAAGCCCAAGAAGAACACGGUGGCCUCGUUGCUGGCGCAAUCGCGCGCCGUGGGACUGAAGCCCAUGCUAGCUACACAGCAGCUGCUCCAGCAAGGCGCAGACAUUGAGAAGAUACGCUUGGCGCUGAGCGAGGCGAAUGCACACAUGGAAACAUCGACUGACUCAGAGAGUGUUGCCGCUGAGAGCGGCAUGUCGGAGUCGGAGAGCGAGGAUGCCAACAUAUUGAACGUGGCGGAGCUGCGUGUGCCAUUGGAGGUCGGCUGGAAGCGAGAGACAGUCAUACGUGGCUUAACUAAGCAGGGACAGAUCCGAGGCGAGGUCACCUACUAUGCACCGGGCAGCACCCUGCCCCUGAAGACCAUUGGCCAAGUGUUUGCUCUCUUGGAUCAGCAGCCAUCGAAUUUGACGCGUGAAAACUUUAGCUUCUCGGCGCGUGCGAUUGUCGGCUCGUUCCUGCAGCCUGCGCCGGCGCCUUAUGCCAAUGAUGGCGAGUACAUACGCAUGACGGAUGAGGAUGUGGCCAAGCGGUUGGAGGAUCUGAAAGUGUUCACGCGCCAGACGCUGAACGUGGAGCAGCGCAUUGAGAUCGCCAAGCAGCAGCAGGCAAUACGCGACGCCAAGAAGCAACAGAAGGAGGAGCUGGCACGCAACAAGGAGAAGGCGCGACAGGAGAAGAAUGCCAAGCUGGAGCAGCAGCGCAAAGAGAAGGAGCUCAAGAACCAGCAGGCCAUUGAGGAGCGCAAGAAACGUCAAGAGGAACUGGAUCGCCUUAAACAGGAGGAGUUGCUCAAGAAGCAGCAGGAGAAAGAGAAGCGACGUCAGGAAGCAAUUCUAGCUAAGGAACAGGAACUCCAGAAGCAAAAGGAGCUGCUGCUAGCUGCCGAAAUGGAACGUGAACGUCGUCGCCAGCACAUGAAUUUGAUUCGCAUGCUGGAGCUACGGCGCAAGUUCGAGGAGCGCGAGAAGAAGAAGCACCAGCUGGUGCUGGAUCGGCUGAUACUGCGCGAGCGGCGCAUGGCUGAGCGUAAGCGAGAUGCAGAGAUACUGCAGCUAAUACGCAAACCGAAUGAGGAUUCGGAGUUGCCGCAGGAGCUGUCUGUGCCGGAUCUGGAGCGCAUCGCUGGCAAUCGGCUGCCUGGACAGGCGAUGGCCGAUUUGCUGAUGGUCUUUGAGUUCUUGCACAACUUUGGCGAGACGCUGGGCUUUGACAUGGAGUCGCUGCCAUCGCUGCAGAAUCUACACGAUGCGCUCAUCAGUGACAGCAACGCAGAUGCCGAGGAGGAGCUGUUGUCGGUGAUGACGCAUUUGCUGGUCUGUGCCAUCGAGGAUCCGGGCGUGCCCAAUCCCGGACGCCAUACCACACUGCUGGGCCAGUCGCUGCGCAACGCGGACAUAACCAAUUCGAAUGUAUCCGAAAUUCUGCGCAUCUAUCUGUACGCCACGGCCACCGGAGAGAUACGACAGAUGCAUGGUAUCACUGUGGACAGAGAGCGUGAACGACGUGUGCCUGAUCAUCACCAGGUGGAUGCAGAUACGGCCACGCACUCGGCCAAGAAUCAUGAGUACUACAAGCUACUGCACGAGAACGACACCUGGAAGCUGUCGCAUGCGCUCAAGGAUCGUCCCUUCGUGGCGCUCAAUCCGACGCGCAAGGCGCAGAUGCUGGCACACCUGUGCAACGACCUGCUGAUGAACAAGGCUGUUCUGCGGCAGAUCGAUGGCAGCCUAGAGACCUGCGCCCAAAUGCGCAAGGAGAAGUACAUGACUGACAUGAAGGUGCGCAAGUACAAGGCACUGCACCAGCGCAAGGCACGCAUCGAGGCCUACGAGAAGGCGCAGGCGGAGCGCGAGGCGGCCAUGCAAGCGUUGCUGGCUCAACAGAAGCUCGAUGCGGAGCGUGAACGCGAACGUCUCGCUAAGCAGGCGGAGGCCGAGGCGGAGGCGGAAGCCAACAAACUGGCAACGGCCGAGUUGUCGGCCGAUGGAACUGCCGCUGCAACUCCGACUGCAACUGAGGCAAUUGCUGCAGGCGCCGACUGCAACAGCGAGGAUAAAACGGAGGAGGAGAAGGAAAAGCAGGAGCAACAACAACUACAGACGCCGGAGACGGAACAACAACCACAGCCCAUGGAAUUGGAUGGCGAUGCAGCACUGCCAAUUGCAACAAGCACUGAUUCUGUGGCGCCUCAGCCCGCUGUCUCCAUAGCCGAUGUGAGCCCUUCGAAGCAGCUAGCCAAGUUGGAGGAGUACCAACAAAAUGGCGGCACAGCAGGAGCCGGAGUGGCGGUGGCGGACGGUGGGAUGACGGCCCUGCUGCAGGCAAAGAAGAGCGGCGCUCGCAACUCCAUCAAUGAGGAUGGGCACGCGCAGAGCCACGAUGUGAGCAUCAUUGAGGACGACCUCUCCGACUUGGACUCGGAGAUAACCAAUGUGGAGGAGGACGAAGACAAUCGCCUUAGUGCUGAUGAGCUACAAAAGAAGCUGGACAAGAUUGUGCGCGCUUCGCUCAACUGCAAGGAGGCGCUGGAGAAGAGCACCAAUCAGCUACGAGCCGCUUGCUUUGGCCAGGAUCGUUUCUGGCGGCGCUACUGGAAGCUGCCAAAGGCUGGCGGCAUAUUCAUCGAAGCCCUAGAGUCGGCUCAGAAUGACAUUUGCGACUAUCACGAGGCACUGGAGGCCAUGGACGAGCAACAGCAGAAGCAGCAAAAGCCAGACGAUCAGACAGCCAAAGUAACGGAACAGGUGGCAGUCGAUGGUGGAGCUCUGCCCGAAGAAACGGCCGAAGAUACAACAGAUGCGCCACCAGCAACAGCAGCAGCAACAGCAGCUGCAGCAGAGCCCAUGGAGGUUGAUGAACUAGCGGAAGUGGACAGGGACAAGGCACAGCAAUCGAAUCAUCAGGCGGAGCACGUAGUCGACGACGACGACGAUGACGAUGAUGACGUGACGGAGAUUAACAAAGUGGAGCCGGAGAUUGUGGAUCUGGGCGACGACGAUGACGAUAUGCUGCCCUCCAUAGCAAAGCCCGUUGAGCCGAUUGUGACGAGGCCCGAGAUUAAGGUCAAGUCGGAGAUGGAGCUAAUGGGACCGCCGCCGACGGUCAUCUCCACAAAGACGGACUUCGAGGCCGAGAUCAAAAUACCCACCAUUCCGGGUCUGAUACCAACGCUCAGCAACAACAACAACAACAACAAUAACAAUAACAACAAUAGCAACGGCAGCUGUGAAAAAAUGGAGGCAGUUAGUCAGGAGGACUUGAAGAAGGAGGAUGACUGCAUCAUUGUGUCGACCACGCAGGUUGGCGAAGACACCACGCCCCGAUGGUUCUCGAUUGUGAAGCGCGAGGUGCCGCUGAUCAGCGAGCUGCCGGCGGAGGAGGGCGGCGUGGUGGCCACAGAUCUGCAGCUUAGCUAUGCCAGCUACCAGAACUGCAGUGCGCAGCUGCAGCUGCAGGGGCAUCCGUGGGAUCUGAUCAACAAUAUGCAAUACUAUAGCAUACCCAUGGAGGAGUGCAAGGUGGAUCCGACCAAGUUCAGUCAGGAGUGCAUCUUUACGCUGUCGGGUCUGGACGAGAAGCAGAUGCAGGCCAAGCUGGACGAGUACGAACAGGCCAAGUUAACGGUGUCAAAAAACGGUCUGGCGUCUCCUCAUCGUUGCCAGACAACCGAUGAGGAGCAGCAGCAGCAGCAGCAGCAGCAGCAGCAGCAGCUAAUGAAGUUGUCCAAAUCCGAGUCUGAGUCGGAAUCGUUUUUUCGUUUGCGCGCUGAUGCCGCACCGGACACAGGCGGCGGGAGCGGCGAAGCUACCGAACUAAAGCCCAAGAUUGAGCUGCGUCUGGACGAGGCCUUGUCCCAGGCAUAUUAUCACAACAUAGCGAACAUGUCGCUGAGCAGCGUGCAGACCUAUAUACCGAUCGACAUUCCGCUGCCGCUCUCGAUGACGCCGGACGAGCACCGGCUGUUGGAGCAGGUGAAGCUGGCCGGGUUCCCGGAGAAGGUGCACGGUGUCUAUGUGCCACGCAGGCAGCGUUAUGGCUGGUGGCAGCUGGACGAUGAGCAGAAGCUGCGCCAGCUCUUGAAGACAUUGAAUCCGUCGGGAUUGCGGGAGCGUGAGCUGCAGGAGAAUCUAACGCGUUUCCUUGGACUUGAGCAGCCGUUGGGCAUCAAUUAUCAGCUGAAGCUGAACGAGGCCCAGGCUGAGCUGGUGGAGUAUAUGCUGCCGGAUCGGCCCGCCGACUGGAACCCCAAGGUAGCCAGGCGAGUGGAGCUGGCGCUGUUGGAGCAGCUUGAGUCACUCGAGGAUAAAAUUGCCAGCGCCUCGAUGCAGCUGAAGAACUGGCAGUUGCCCACGCGCAGCGACAACGAUCUGAAUCUGGCCGAGCAGGAAGACUUGACCGAGGCGGACUUUGUUAGCAUCAUACCCAUGAUCAGGGAGCGUAUCAUUGAUCUGGAAGCGAACAUCGAGCGACGCUAUCUAAAACCUCCGCUUGGCUCCCAGACCGGCGAUGCCCACCUGGCUGUUAUUGCACAGAAUCAACAUACCUCGACGCAGACGCAAAACUCUGCCUCGGCGGCCGCCUAUCUGCUGCAGAUGCAGCAGCAGCAGCAGCAGCAACUGAUGGCCCAGCAGCAACAGCAGCAGAGCCAACAGCCCGGCAAUAGCCUCAAUGCCUCCGCCUUCAAUGAGCGUGCCAUGGCGCUGGCAGCGGCUGCCGCGGCAGCUGCCCCCAGCACCAGCCUGGCAUCCACAUCCUGCGAGACAGCUGCAACGGCUGCAGCAGCAGCAGCAGGAGCAGCAGUAGCAGCUGGAAGCAUCGAACCCUGCUCUGGCGCCGCAUCGCCAGCGAGCAACUGCGACAGCGACAAGGACGAGAAGGUGGAGAAUAUACCCAAGGGCUUGGUGCAAUGGCGCGAUGCUGUCGCCCGCUCCCACACCACCGCCCAACUAGCCAUGGCUCUCUAUGUGCUGGAGUCCUGCGUGGCAUGGGACAAGAGCAUCAUGAAGGCGUAUGCAAUGCCCGCAAAGAACAACAAGUCCAACAAGAAGAAAAGUAACGCCAAAAAGCAGGCAACACCAAAGAAGAAGCAGCAACAACAACAACAGGAUCAAGCCACAUCGAAACCAAAACAGUCCAAGAAAGAAAAGGACAAGGAGAAGAAGCAAUCGACUAAAGCAGCGCAGAGCAAAUCAAAGCAAACGGAAAAUGUUAAGGAAACGCCGCCAGCGACUAAAACUGCAUCGAUGACCAUUAAAAUAAAUUUGAAAGCUCUGGCGCAAAAUGGUUGCGACCACAACAAUUCCACCUCGAACUCAAACUCUGACUCGAACUCGAACUCGGACAGUGACUAUUCAAACUCGCAUUCGAACGGCAAACGGAAACGACGACAAGGACGACGUUCAGGCACUACUACAAACUCUUGCAAAUAUUCAAACUCCUUACAGAAUUGCCAGUUCUGCACCUCAGGCGAGAAUGAGGACAAGCUGCUGCUGUGCGAUGGCUGCGACAAGGGCUACCACACCUACUGCUUCAAGCCCAAAAUGGACAACAUACCCGAUGGCGACUGGUAUUGCUACGAGUGCGUCAACAAGGCGACCAACGAGCGCAAGUGCAUCGUCUGUGGCGGCCAUCGCCCGUCGCCCGUUGGCAAGAUGAUCUACUGUGAUCUGUGCCCGCGUGCCUAUCACGCCGACUGCUACAUUCCGCCACUGCUGAAGGUGCCGCGAGGCAAGUGGUAUUGCCAUGGCUGCAUCACACGCGCUCCGCCUCCGAAGAAGCGCAGCGCCGCCAGCAGCGGCGGCAGCAGCAGCAAAUCGCGACGGGAUCGCGAUGCCAGCACCGCAGCCAAGCGACGAGGCAGCGACAAACAGCAACUGCUUGCAUCAGCUGGCAGCAUGGAGCAGCUCUGCUCCAUCGAUCCGCAUCAGCAGCAACAACAACAGCAGCAGCAACAGUUGCAGCUGCACAGCUCUCAGCAGUCGCUGAACUCGUCGCAUGAUGAGUCCAUGACAUCCUUGCCAGCGCCGCUUAGUCCGGCACAUUCGAUUGCUUCCGCCACUUACGAUGAGCACCAUCACAACAACUCAAUCGAUGCCAGCCGUUUCCAGGCGCACGUCGGCAACAACAAUGGUGGGACGCAGCUGGAGGAGAGUGCUUCCUUUGCGUCUGGCUAUGCGGCACCGAAUAACUUUGGCGUGGUGCCGACGCCGCAGGCACAGGGAAUACAGUUUGUGGCCAUGUCGCCGCGAGCUGUGACACCCACACGAACACCGACGCCCACGUUGACGCCGACGCCUACUUCGACGCCUGUGCCAGCGCCAACGCCACCGCCGCCGACGCUGUCAGCGCCGCUGCAGCCACCGACGGCAAAUGUGGCGGCACCUGUCUUAAUGCAGUCCUCGCCCACGUCGCUGCUGAACGUUGCCUGUCAAUCGCCGCCGCAGCAGCAGCAACCGCUGUUGGCUAUGCCGUCGCCGCGAACAUGCACACCGACGCCACCGAGCGCUGGGACGCAAAUGUCGCCGCCACCGAUUAACAUACACGCCAUUCAAGAGGCCAAGGAGAAGCUGAAGCAAGAGAAGAAGGAGAAGCAUGCCACCAAGAAGCUGAUCAAGGAGCUGGCUGUCUGUAAGACGCUACUGGGCGAAAUGGAGCUGCAUGAGGAUUCCUGGCCGUUCCUGCUGCCUGUGAACACCAAACAGUUUCCCACAUAUCGCAAGAUCAUCAAAACGCCCAUGGAUCUGUCCACAAUCAAGAAGAAACUGCAGGAUUUGAGCUACAAGUGCCGUGAGGACUUCUGCGUGGAUGUGCGACAAAUAUUUGACAACUGCGAAAUGUUUAACGAGGAUGACUCGCCAGUGGGCAAGGCGGGUCACGGCAUGCGCAAGUUCUUCGAGUCGCGCUGGACGGAGCUCACCGACAAGCACUCCUGAUACCCUAACGUGUCGCAGCUAAGUCCAGCCGCAGCCGCAGCAGCAGCGGCAGCAGCAAAUGUAACUGCAGCAACUGGAAGUACAACAGCAA